AUGCCAGGUCCAAAGGCGAAGAACCCCUUCAAUUGGGAAGACUACGAACGUGGGAGAUCGUCGAGCGUUGGCUCCGAGGGCUCCCUGGGUAGCCAUGUGCAAUUCGACGCUCCCUCACCUACACCUACAUCUGGACGACUCAACAUCUCUCAAAGGAAUGGUGGCGACCGCGAAUCCGAUGGUGACUAUGUGCGGCGUCGAAGAUCUUCCCUUUCCAUGCGAAUCAAUACUUUGGCUCAGGUUGGAGGCGUCAACAGCUUGGAAAACUUUGCCCGCUCGUGGUCUCGGGCUGCAGGCUUCGUUGAGAUACCCCCUCGGAGGCCUUCCUUUGUCAUAGAAGAGCGAAGAGAUGAUGAUUUGGAAAGGUCUCGAAGAUCGGAUGUACAGCCCUCGUCUGGAGAGGCAAGGUCAUUGCUGAGACAGCAGUUGGAACGGGAGGGAACUUCUUCCGAGGCAGUCCUCGACGAAGCACCCACUCCACAUCGGGAGGAUGAAGAAGCACCACCGCAGCUAGAAGUGGCUAAGUCGACGCCAGAUGGGGCUGGCGACAUCCUCGACCGGGCGCCACAUCUGGCCUCACCCUUUGCCUCCAGCUACGGUGGUGUAUAUGGAUCGCUGUCUUCACGAGCCAAUGCUUCAUCAUUGCGCCAUGCUGGGGAAUUGUACCACGAGCAGCAGGUUAAGGGUCGUCAAGAGCCGGACAUGGAACAAGAGCCACUAUUAGUUCAAGUAAUCGAACAGAAAGACGGCAAAAGAAUCCAGGUCGUUGUUGGCCGGUCGACCCUUCCUCAAACUGUGUUUAACUCUGUCAAUGUCUUGAUAGGUGUUGGCCUUCUCAGUCUACCCCUCGGGCUCAAAUAUUCUGGUUGGCUGGUAGGCAUGAUAUUCUUAUUGCUCGCUGCAAUCAUCACCAGAUAUACCGCUGGAGUCCUUGCGAAAUGUCUGGAUGUGAACACCUCGCUAAAAGGAUUUGCCGAUAUCGCCUACCAGGCUUUCGGUGAAAGAGCUCGGGUAGCUACAGCAUUCCUUUUUACAAUCGAACUUCUCGCAGCAUGCGUAGCUCUCGCAGUGCUCUUUGCUGAUAGUUUGGAUGCCUUGGUUCCUGGUUGGGGUCUAAUCGAGUGGAAGCUUCUCUGUGGGCUUAUCCUCAUACCACUAUGUUUUGUUCCACUUCGCUACCUUAGCGUCACAAGUGUUCUUGGGAUCAUUAGCUGUAUUGGAAUUGUCAUCCUGAUUUUCGUUGAUGGUGCUUUGAAAGCUCAUUCACCGGGCUCGCUGCGAGACCCUGCUCUGACAUCCUUGUUUCCACAACGAUGGUCAACAUUGCCAUUGAGUUUUGGCCUGCUGAUGUCUCCGUGGGGUGGACACAGCGUCUUUCCCAACAUCUACAGAGAUAUGCGGCAUCCACUAAAGUAUACAAGAGCUAUAAAUUACACCUACUUUUUUACAUAUCUUCUCGACGCCCUCAUUGCAGUUGCAGGAUUUUUGAUGUUUGGUCAAAAGGUCCAUGAUGAGGUAACGUCAAAUGUACUUAUGAGCAAAGGGUAUCCGCACGCAAUCUCCGUUUGCAUCGUUGUUUUCAUAGCUAUCAUCCCCCUUACCAAGAUACCUCUCAAUGCUCGUCCCAUCUACAACAUAAUCGAAAAAUUAGUCGGCCUCGACCCUCAAGAAAUGCCACGGGCGUCCGGCCUUCUUGGACUCUCAGGCUACACCCGCGGUUUCCUCAAAUUUGCGAUCCGAGUCUUUACUAUCGCCGUCAUUAUACUAAUUGCUAUUCUUGUACCAUCGUUCGACACGAUCAUGGCUCUCAUGGGUUCAGCGAUGGCGUUUAGUAUAUGCAUUAUUCUACCAUUAGCAUUUCAUCUCAAGUUGUUUGGGAAGGACUUGGGGAAGAAGGAGAAAGUACUGAAUUGGUUCUUGAUUGUUGUUUGCUCGGUUAUGGCUGUCAUUGGGACUGUAUGGGUGUUUCUGCCGAAGCAGAUGAGGGAGCGUAUGGAUGGCAUUACAUAG